AUGGAGAGGGCCGAGGGCGAGAGGGCCGAGGGCGAGAGGGCCGAGGGGGAGAGGGCCGAGGGCGAGAGGGCCGAGGGCGAGAGGGCCGAGGGCGAGAGGGCCGAGGGCGAGAGGGCCGAGGGCGAGAGGGCCGAGGGCGAGAGGGCCGAGGGGGAGAGGGCCGAGGGCGAGAUGGCCGAGGGCGAGAGGGCCGAGGGCGAGAGGGCCGAGGGCGAGAGGGCCGAGGGCGAGAGGGGCGAGAGGGCCGAGGGCGAGAGGGCCGAGGGGGAGAGGGCGAGAGAAGGAAAAGUGACUAAAUUUCACACCCUGUAA